CAGCAGGUCCGGGGAAGCGGGGAGGGGCCUCGUGUGCGCACUGACGUCAUUAGCCGGCGGAGACCGAGAACCGGCACGCACGUGACCUCCCCGCAGAGAGCCCAGCAAACCCCCCGAACCACCAUGGGAGACGGAGAGAAGCUCAACAUUGACUCCAUCAUACAGCGCCUGCUAGAGGUAAAGGGAUGCCGUCCAGGGAAGAACGUUCAGCUGUCGGAGAAUGAGAUCAGAGGGUUGUGUCUGAAGUCUCGUGAGAUCUUCCUGAGUCAGCCCAUCCUUCUGGAGCUGGAGGCCCCACUGAAGAUCUGUGGUGAUGUACACGGACAGUAUUACGAUCUGUUAAGAUUGUUUGAAUAUGGUGGAUUUCCCCCAGAGAGUAAUUACUUGUUCUUGGGUGACUACGUGGAUCGUGGCAAGCAGUCCCUGGAAACAAUCUGCUUGUUGUUGGCAUACAAGAUUAAAUACCCAGAAAACUUCUUCUUGCUACGUGGAAAUCAUGAGUGUGCCAGCAUCAACCGAAUCUAUGGAUUCUACGAUGAAUGUAAAAGACGGUAUAACAUCAAGUUAUGGAAGACGUUUACAGAUUGUUUUAACUGCUUACCUGUUGCUGCUAUUGUAGAUGAGAAGAUCUUCUGCUGUCAUGGAGGCCUCUCCCCUGACUUGCAGUCUAUGGAACAAGUCCGAAGGAUACUGCGUCCCACAGACGUACCAGACCAGGGUCUCCUGUGUGACCUCUUGUGGUCCGAUCCAGACAAGGAUGUGCUCGGUUGGGGAGAAAACGACAGGGGCGUCUCUUUCACUUUUGGGGCUGACGUCGUAGCAAAAUUCCUUCACAAACAUGACCUGGAUCUUAUUUGCCGAGCGCAUCAGGUGGUGGAAGACGGUUACGAGUUCUUUGCAAAACGACAGCUGGUGACUCUGUUCUCUGCACCCAAUUACUGCGGGGAAUUUGACAACGCCGGCUCCAUGAUGAGCGUGGAUGAAAGCUUAAUGUGCUCUUUCCAGAUCCUAAAGCCUGCUGACAAGAAACUGUUUGCCUAUGGAGGUGUGAACCAAUCCCGCCCAGUUACUCCUCCUCGAAACUCGAAGAACAAGCAGAAAAACUGACCCCAAUAUCCCCUUCCGUCUCUUUCCCCCCCCCCAAUCCCCCGACACACGGACACAGACUUCCCUCUUGGACUCCUGACAUCUCCUUCUCCCCCUCUUAUAAGAUGCUGAGGGGGCUCUGAACCUUCACAUUACCUCACUGACAGAAGGAGGAAGAGACUAAGAGCCCCUGUAACAGGAGCCACUUCUCUGCCUUAAUCUUUUGAUGUGGGAAGCUUUGUGGGGGUCUAAACUCCUAAGCCGCUGAGUGAGGUGCAGAUAGAAUCUCACGGUGGUGCCUUACAGCAGCAAAGUGACUGUGUGCUCCAGUGCUCUCUCAGGGUUACGCAUCAAUCUGCGCAUAAUGGCAAAUAUAAUAACAAAACCCUUAUGUCUGUGGGUGGCAGCUGGUAUGAGUCCCCCUUCUCAGUUAGCAAUGCUUUGUAGGUCUCUCCGACACGCAGCACUCGGUGUAUCAUGUGAAAUGCUUUCUUUUUAUUGUGAGUUGUUUCUGGUAUAGGUGUAGCAUCCUGUGCAGUCACUAUCCAUUGCUCUUGCUGCAGGGCUUUUUGGGACUUGGGUUCCUCAGUGUGAGAGCCUGUUUACUUGACCACUGGUCUAAUAUAUAAUUUUUUUUUUUUUUUUUUAACCCUCUUUGGCUGUGAUGCAAGAGCAGUACACAGCCGCCAUGUUUAGGGCAGGUGUCCGAGAGCAGUGCUGUGGUUGCUGAAGCAUUUUCUGAGAAGUUUUAUUUUUUAAAUCGUGAAUUUUUUCUUUCUUUUCUUCAGGUUCUGAAUACCAAACUAUGCAGCCUGCUGAAUUUUGUUACAAUAAACUGCUGUAGGGCCUAUUCGUAAACACUUUUGGUCAUUGCCCCUCCAUGCAAGGACAUGUUAUAACGUCAAAGAUGACGGCUUCAGCCUGUCACUGAUGUCUAUUUCUCUGGGAUCUUGCUGUUUUCUGUCUUUAAAAAAAAAAAAAGGCAAAGCAACUUCAGGUGCUGGAAUCUUGUCCUGCUCAGGUAACCUAAAAGAGUAAAAUAUAAAGAUUUUGUGACACUAAGCAUGCGGUAAAAACCUCGGGCACUGUUUGGAUAACUUAAUCCAGUGAUGGCUAACCUUGGCUCCCCAGAUGUUUAAGAAAUUAAUUUCACAUGAUGCUAAAGUGCAUGAGCAUCAUGGGAAAUGUAGUUCCAAAACAUCUGGGGUGCCAAGGUUCGCUAUCACUGACUUAAUCUAUUGGGACAGUCGUUUUGGAAUAUAUAGAUAGCCAUCUAGGGUUGAUUUACUAAAACUGCAAAAUCGGGUGCAUGGUAGCCAAUCUGCUUCCAACUUCCGCUUGUUCAAUUUAAGCUUCGACAAACACAAAAACCUGGAAUCUUUCUGUGCAGAGCCGCACCAGAUUUUGCACUCCAGUUUUAGUAAAUCAACCCCACUAGACCAUAGGCCUCUUGGUGUGGGGGUGCAAUGUGAUAUUGGUUACAUGGGAAUGGAUAGGUUGGAUCUUUUAGUUGGUUUGGCUGUGACCACCACCACUGUGUGAAUAACUCGGGGCUGGAGGGGAAGCUGCCCUGGGUGUAGUGAUUCAAGGGCACAGGGAAUAGGUGCAUGGUGGUACAGCCAUUCUAAAGCAGGUUAUAACGGAGGCUGAGGGGUGUAAAAUUCCAGAUCCUUGUUCUGGACACUGGAUGACACUGUCCUGGAAUGACUGGUAAACCUAUGGGCUUGUUCACACUUGCUUUGGUCUCUGAAGAAAAAUAUUCAUUUGGAUUCUUCAGGGAGGCAAUAAGGAGGUGCUGCACAUGCUUGUACUCCUUGAGCCCUGCAUUUGCGGGGUGCUUGCAGAGCAAUGGGGGGUAAAACACUGUGUACAGCCCCCGCCGCUAAGGGCAGUAGCAACUGGGGAGAGAAAUUUAGCUCUAUUGCUGGUGUGAAUAAACCCUCAAAAUAUGUGACUUUUUGUUUCCCAUUCUCCGGUACUUGGUGAGCUGGUAACCUAAACCAAGCGUGUAUUGGGAGAUGACUGAACACCAGAUGGGUCUGUUCUGGGUGAGAAGCUCCCUAAAUCAUGCAAUGGAAGGACAGAAGCCCCCCACACUCCAUCUGGUCCCUUGGGUUGGGUUGUAGGGAUGAGCUUAUCCUGAAGGUGAAACCACUGUAGAUGUGUAACUACUACUGCAGAGCUUUGCACAGAUUGUGGCUUUUCUGUAUCGCCAAACAUGUCACAAAUGCUGGAAACCUGAUCUACCUUCACUGCUGCUUCUCCUCCUGAAAUCUUUUUAUUUUAUUUUUAAACCCUUUUUAGUUGGCAAAGUGUGAACUUUGUAAAGAAUCAUGUAUGGACGGUUUAGAGAGAGCCCCUUUUUUUUUUUUUUUUUUUUUUUAAGAUUGGCUGACUGCAAAGGAUGGGGGUAGGGAAGGUUUUGGUCUGCCCUUGUCAUGAUUACCAACCCACACAUUCAGGGAAGUGGCUCCUGAUGGCCAACCCACCCUCCCUCACCAACUUCCUGCUGCAGGAGCCCUCCCUGGGUAAGCUUUGGUGAUGGCGGCACUGCCUCUCCACACGGGCUCGGUCAUUGUCACCAGCUACUGGGACUAGUGUAGUCCUUAAACCUGCUUCACAUUUGCAACAAAAUCCUUCCUAUUCCGAGGUAUGGCAUCUACCUCCUUGCACAUGCCUACUGCAUGAUUUCCAGUGCUACAUGAGUGUGAGGCAUCAACCCUUUUCUCUGCUGAGGGACCACAGCAAUGCAGACACGCAGUGAAGGGGUUUGUGUCUGCAUUGAUUUUUGUUUUUUUUAUAUAUAAUUGACGGAAGUGGCAAACCUUUUAUCUCUCGGUUGGUUGACGGUGCCUCCUGUUACAGAAGAAUGGAGCGGUAACUGCCACUGAGAGCUCCCUGGUCAGAACAGUCAUCCGCCAUGCAGGCCUGCUGGUAACAACUGAGGGUGGGAGGAAAUGUGUGUCUAUUUGUUUUCCCACUUAAAAAGCUGAAUUGUGGCUUUUUGAGAUUUUUAUUGUGAAUGAAAUGAAUGUAGAGAAAUAAACAAUCUGACCUCUUGUCUUUA